AUGCGUUUUUUAUUCCUUUUCGUCUCGUCGCUCAUUUCACUUUCCACCGCGUUCAGUGUCUCGGUGCCCUCAAAACAUACACGCGAAACAGGUUUGUUAAACAGCCCCAACAAUCGCAAAUACUGGGGUAAUGGAUUCGAUAUCACCACGAACUAUUAUGAGAAGGUCCCCAACACCGGUGUGACUCGCGAAUAUUGGUUCAAUAUCGAGAACACAACCGCUGCCCCCGAUGGUGUCGAGAUUCCCGUACAGCUCAUCAAUGGGUCCCUGCCCGGCCCAACCAUCAUUGCAGACUGGGGUGACGAAGUUGUCGUCCAUGUGACAAACUCUCUCCAGGCCAACGGAACGAGUCUCCACUUCCAUGGCAUUCGCCAGAACUGGACAAGCCACAUGGAUGGUGUUGCGAGUAUCACCCAGUGCCCUGUGGCCCCCGGUGACUCUUACACUUAUAAAUGGCGUGCGACCGAAUAUGGUACUGGCUGGUAUCACUCCCACUUCUAUGUCCAGGCCUGGAAUGGUGUCUUCGGGGGAAUCCAGAUCAAUGGACCUGCCACCGCUAACUACGAUGUCGAUCUUGGCCAUAUUUUCUUAAAUGACUGGUAUCAUACCACAGCCGACCGACUGGUUCUCCAAGCCGCUACGGGCGGCCCGCCAACCGCCCCCAAUGGGCUAAUAAACGGUACAAACACCUGGAACGACGAAGGAUCGCGAUUCAAGACAGUCUUCGAAGCCGGUAAACGGUACAGACUUCGCCUGGUCAAUGCCGCUGCAGACCAGCACUUCCGGUUUAUGAUCGACAAUCAUACCAUGGAGGUGAUCGCCAACGAUUUCGUUCCAAUCCAUCCUUUCAACGCAACACAAUUGAGUAUGGGAAUGGGUCAGCGCUAUGAUGUGAUCGUAAGUGGAAAGCAACUUCAAUCAGGCAACUUUUGGAUGCGCGCUAUUCCACAGUCUGCAUGCUCGGAGACCGACGCCACCGAUAAGGUGAAGGGUAUCAUUCGCUAUGACAACUCAUCCACUGCGGACCCCACUACAUCUGCCUAUAGUUAUACCGACUCCUGCGCCGACGAAAAUCCCUCAAACCUCGUUCCUUAUUUGAAAGUCGACGCCUCCGAAACAUACACGUACAAGACGGGGGAGAAUGUGGAAGUGCAGGUCACCGAUAACGCCAUGCUUUGGCUCAUGAACGGUACCUCUUUGCAUACGCAGUGGGAGUAUCCGACUCUGCUUCAAGUGGCUCAGGGCAAUGAUACUUGGCUAUCACGUCAGCGCUUGAUUGAACUACCCGCCGCUCACAAGUGGGUUUACUUCGUCAUUCAUAGUCCCUUCGCUCAAGACCAUCCCAUGCAUCUUCAUGGACACGACUUCUGGCUUCUGCAGGCUGGUUAUGGUAAUUUUGAUAGCAGCAUGGUUGACAGUUUGACCUUGGUCAAUGCCCCGCGUCGUGAUGUUGUUAUGCUACCGGCAAGUGGGUAUAUUGUUAUUGCUUUGAAGACGAACAACCCCGGGGUUUGGCUCAUGCAUUGCCACAUUGCUUGGCACACCUCCGAAGGCUUCGCGGUGCAGCUUCUCGAACGUGAAUCGGAAAUUGGAUACGAUAUGGCAUCGCUGAAUUCGACUUGUAAGGCUUGGGACAAAUAUGUGCAUGCGGAUGAUGUAAGUCAGUAUGAUUCUGGCGUUUGA